AUGCCGGUGCCCCAGCAGCCAGUGAUGAUCCUCCAGCAGUUUCCCAGGACCGUGGCUGCCCUGGCUCCCCCCGCCGGACCCCCGCACAUCCGGGGAGAUUUAAUCGAGUUGAUGAUGAUUCAAAACUCCCAAAUGCACCAGGUGGUGAUGAACAGCCUGGCUGUGUCGGCCCUGACGUCCUUCGGGUUCGGGCCAUCCCCAGCUGCUGCCCAGGCGAUGGCGGUGCCUUUGCAGACCGGAGAGGAAGAGGAGGCUGUGGUUUUCCACCAUCACUACAUCCCCUACCCCGGUCCUGCUCCUGUCCUGGCAUGGCCAUUCCUGGAGUGGGAUCGGGGGCCGGCGGCCAUGCGUGCGGUGCCCCCCCCUCCACCCCCCAGCACCACAGAGACCGUGGGACCCAACGUCCCACCAGCGUCGGAAUACUACGACGUGGUGGAGGAGAGGCUGUGA